AUGUCAGUCAGCCAGUCACCUGGUCACCCCUCCAGUAAGUCACCCGGUCACCCCUCCAGCCAGUCACGUGGUCACCCCUCCACCCAGUCACCCCUCCACCCGGUCACCCCUCCACCCAGUCACCCCUCCACCCAGUCACCCCUCCACCCGGUCACCCCUCCACCCAGUCACCCCUCCACCCAGUCACCCCUCCACCCAGUCACCCCUCCACCCGGUCACCCCUCCACCCGGUCACCCCUCCACCCAGUCACCCCCUCCACCCAGUCACCCCUCCACCCGGUCACCCCUCCACCCGGUCACCCCUCCACCCAGUCACCCCUCCACCCAGUCACCCCUCCACCCAGUCACCCCUCCACCCGGUCACCCCUCCACCCAGUCACCCCUCCACCCAGUCACCCCUCCAUCCAGUCAGCCAGUCACGUGGUCACCCCUCCACCCAGUCACCCCUCCACCCAGUCACCCCUCCACCCGGUCACCCCUCCACCCAGUCACCCCUCCACCCAGUCACCCCUCCACCCAGUCAGCCAGUCACGUGGUCACCCCUCCACCCAGUCACCCCUCCACCCAGUCACCCCUCCACCCAGUCACCCCUCCACCCAGUCACCUACCCGGUCACCUCCACCCCAUGGUCACCCCUACCCAGCCCCUCCACCCGGUCACCCCUCCACCCAGUCACCCCUCCACCUGGUCACCCCUCCACCCAGUCACCCCUCCACCCGGUCACCCCUCCACCCAGUCACCCCUCCACCUGGUAACCCCUCCACCCAGUCAGCCAGUCACCCCUCCACAAGUCAGCCAGUCACCCGGUCACCCCUCCACCUGGUCAGCCCCCACCCAGUCAGACAGUCACCUGGUAACCCCUCCACCCAGUCACCCGGUCACCCCUCCACCUGGUCACCCCUCCAGCCAGUCACCCCUCCACCCAUUCAGCCAGACCUCGCCAACAAGCUACCCACUACCCCAGUAUCCCAAUGA